AUGGAGUCCCGCAACCGCUUUCCUCCAUACCGAGGAGAACUCGACGUGACGUUUCUCCUACCCCCAAUACACCCAACUGCUCAAACUCAUCUCUCUGUUCUCGGUGCUACCGCUGAUGCCCAAGCCAGGGAUGGUCAGCUGACUGCUCGUGUCGGUGCUGGAGCUGUCGCCCCCAAGGAGGCGCUGAAGCUCAGGUUAGAUCUUAACCUCGAGGUCGACAUUGCCAUCCAGGCCAAGGUCAACGGUGACAUCACCCUCUCGCUCCUCAUUUUUGAUUUUGGUUCUCGGACGGAUUCUAGUUGA